CGAGAUAUCCCUUUGUGUUUUGCCAGUUCUACGUCUCUCGUAGACUUUUCAACAGCGUCUCGUUUAUCGGGCUUUGGACAGCGUUUCUAUAUUUAAUAAGCGUCAACUUUUGAGUGGUUCGGGUUUCAGCAAAACUAUGGCCAAUCGAUCCUUCGACAGUGGCAAAAACCCCCGGGACCGCGAGUACGACAGAGAGUUCAAUCGCGACUACAACCGCGACAACGAUCGUGGCGGCAAUGCUCGUGGCAAUUAUCGUGGCAUGAAUCGAGACAACAAUCGCGGAGGUCGCGACAAUCGGGACAACAAUCGAGACGACCGGAACCGACAGGACCGAGGCGGUUGUCGCGACUCUCGUGACUUCCGCAAUAACGACCGCGACCGUGAUCGUGACCGUAACGGUGAUCGUGAUCGCAACCGUGAUCGCAACAGCCAGAAGCCGCUGCCCACAGAGCCGCCGUUCAGCGCCUACGUGGGCAACCUGCCCCAGGGCCUCGUCCAGGGCGAUGUGAUGAAGAUAUUCUCGGACUUUCAGGUGAAGAACGUGCGCCUGAUCAAGGACCGCGAGACGGACGAGUUCAAGGGCUAUGGCUACGUGGAGUUCGAGACGGUGGAGCAGCUGGAGCGCGCCAUCGCCUGCAACGGGCGCAUCAAGCUGGACAACUUCUCCGCUCCGCUGCGCAUCGACAUAGCCGACCAUCGCCGCCACACGGCCGAAGGAGGCUUGGGACGCGGAGGAGGAGGCGGAGGCGGCGGCGGAGGAGGACCAGGACAUGGCCAGUCGGGGAGCCGCAACUACUACCAGAGGCGCAACUAUCGGCGCGACGACAGCGUCGGCUCCCACCAGAUCGUGCGCCCCAUCGCAGCCACCAACAGCCCUGGGCAGCAGCCCUUCUCCCACAGCAGCCCCACCCAGAGCUCCAUAUCGCUGCGAAAUGCCCAACGGGUCGGAGACAACAGCAACACCAGCAACAACAACCGCUCCAUUGGCUACGGUCGGGAGGGGGGGAACCGCUACCAGAGGGAGGACAAUCGGCAGCGCAGUCGAAACAACAGCAUCGGCUUCCUCGAGCCCCGACAGUCCGCGAGCAGCAUCCAGUCGCGCAACCGCAACUUCAAUCGUUGGAGCAACAACGGCAACAACGAAGGAGGUGGCGGUGGCGGCGGCGGAGGACGCUCGCCGGAUCGUCAGCGGUACAACAGCUGCAGCAACGCCAGCGGCAGCAGCAACGUCAAUGGAAGCGGAAACUAUACUAAUUUUGUGCAGAAUCGCAAUCGCGACCGUCGGGGCCACUACAACCCCAACGGCGGAGGCAACGGCAGCCUCCGCGGCAACAGCCCGGGCUCCACGUCCGUCCGCUCCGCCAACCGCAUUGACGACGACAACCGCCCGAAGCUGCUGCUGAAGCCCCGCACUGUAACGGACCCCAUCAACGCCCUGGCCAACACCGAGCAGGCCUCGAAGAUCUUUGGCAAGGCCAAGCCGCGUCCCGACCAGACCACGCCCACAUGCUCGCCCCGCCAGGAGCCGAAUGGCGCCCCCAGCAGCGACUAACCGGACAGGACUCGAAAACCACAACAGAUUGAAGCGAAACCCACCCAAUCAAUAGCAGCCGAAACAGAAACA